CACAGCCCAUUCGUCUUGUCUUGUAUGUGCGACAAACAUACGAGUGUUCAUACAAUUAAUUAAUAAUAAUUCGUAAGUUCUCUACAAAAUCAUGUCUUGUACUAAUGGGAACAAGAAAUUUAGCGAAUUUUUCAAAAUCGCAUACGACGCUGCACUUGCGGAACCGUGUUCGAAUCGUUUCAAGGAGUUGUCUGAGAAAGGCGAUAGAGAAGGAAUGAUAAAAAUUCUGUUAGAUGUUCCAUGUAUUCAAAACGUAAAAAUUAUCGAAUCGUACAAGGGUAAGGAUGACGUUAAAGCGACACAGCUUUACGAACGAUAUCAUGAUGGAACAGUAACAGAGGAUGGAGUUGUGCACGAGGAAGUGGAUAGAAGUAGUAUCCUUACCGAAACACUGUUUACGGCCAGUGUAGCUAGUAGACUGUUCCUGGACGUACUUUUCGAUUGCGUCCAGUACUGGUACGAUUCGAAAGCUUUUGCAAAAUGCUUGAAAUAUUGUGAAUGCUUGCUUGCACUUCUUGAAAACCUUUAUGAUGCGAAUGAUUUCUCGGAACGUAGAGAAGCAUGCACCCGAUUAGAGCGCGAAUGCACAAAGUAUUUGAAGGUAUCCUCUUCCCAAGACAAAAAACUGCGCAGAAAAUGCAAGAUGGGUCGGAGCGAUCCUCUGGAGAACGCGGUUUCGGUAGAUCGUAUACCAACGAUACCUGUUGUUGAUGGAAAACAACAUAGUGUUCUUAAAAGUUGUUCUGAUGCCGUGGCGUUACAAUUCGAUGAGGCGCGAGGUCGGCAUCUUAUAGCUAAUAGAAACAUUAAAGCAGGAUCUGUCCUUAUCGUCGAAGAACCAUUUGCUUUCAGUACGAAUAAGGGUGCGCUCGAAAGAAACUGCUUACAUUGUCACUGUACUCUCAAAUCGAACGAUAGCGUUCGAAUUCCAUGCCAUUUUUGUCAAACAGUAUCUUUCUGUUCGGAAAAAUGUCGCAGAGAAGCAUGGCAAAUGUAUCAUCAGUAUGAAUGUCUCGUAUUUGAUACUUUCUUUGAAAACGAUACUGAACAAGCACGACAUAAUUCAUACUUGCUGCUAGCGUACAGAAUGAUCGUAUUAGGAAUUUUAUCUUCGAGCGUCGAACAGUUUAACAAUAACACGGGAAAAAGUGAAAUUCCUUAUCUAAAUGAGUUUCUUCGGCAUUAUGUAGCAUCCACGAACCAAGAACGUAGCACCUUAGGCAUAAGCGAAAUUUAUAGCCCCCACGAUUAUCGUACCAUAUUAAAUUUAGAAACGAAUUGCGCGAAAAUGGAACCUAACGUGAAUCUUGUCCGUGCUCUCGAGGCCAUAUUCCUGGCCAAAUGCCUUACUUUUGUUUUGAAUAAAACGGAUGUUAUUUGCUUGAAAGAGACUUUCAUCUCUUUAGCUGUAGCAAUGUUACAUUCCCUCCAAGCUAUUAAUUGUAAUGCUUAUGAGAUCGUAGAAAAUGUAUAUGAUAAAAAAACGCAUGUUUGGGAGCCAAGAUUCGUAGGCGGGGCAAUUUAUCCCUCAGUUAGUCUUAUAAAUCAUAGCUGUUAUCCAAAUGUCGUUCGUCACAAUUAUCCAUCAGGGAUAGUCGUAGUGCGAACCAUGCGAUUUAUCGGCAAAGGCACGGAGAUCCUCGAUUGUUACGGACCGCACUGGAUCAGCGAAGAGAGAAUAACGAGACGCGAAUAUUUAUGGAAGAAAUACUGCUUUUUGUGUGCGUGUGAAGCUUGCACACAGAAUUGGCAAUAUCCAUUAUCCGAAACAAUGAAUAUUAAAUGCAGAACAUGCUCAGAAAUUAUUGGCACGGUAAAUCAGAAAAAUGAAUACGACGUGUCAGGUAAACAAUGUCGCAACUGUGGUGAGAAGAUAGACGUUAAAAAACUGAAGAAUCAGUUGCAAAAAUCGAUUGCGAAAAGAAUAAGUGCCAUCUCUAAAAUGUAUGAGCGCCAUUACGAACAGGCUGUGCCUCAGCUACUUCAACACAUACAAUUUAUUGAAAAGUUUCUUGCUGCACCCAACAUGGAAACUAUUAAAACACAACAAUGUAUUAUCCAAUGUUACAAUCAAUUUGGCUGUACCUCUCAGUAACAACAAGUCAACAAAUAUAAUUCAUUAAAUGUGUUACUAUUAUUAUACAUACACGUGCGAACGCGCACAGACAUACAAAUGGCUCAAAGAUCCAUAUUACAAAUACUAAAAAACGAAAUCCAUUGUGAUACUUUUUGUAUUAAAUAAAGCACAUCUUUUUUGUUCAA